UUGUUCUUCAGACGAAACAGGGAAGGCGAUCGCGAUCGUGCUCUUCAGACAGUGCUGCAGAUAACUUCCAGUUGCAAAGAUGGUACCGCCGUCUCGCCGGAUGUUAUCUGUCUGGCCGGGCGUAUCUACAAGGACAAAUUUAUCACCAGCAACUACGAGGAUCGCGAAUCACUGGACAAAGCAAUUGAAUGGUAUCGACGAGCAUUCGAUCUGUCGCCGCUUGAAUACUCGGGCAUCAAUUUGAUCACGCUACUCCGCGCUCGUGGGGAAACUUUUGAAAAUAAUAGUGAGAUGCAACAGAUCGCGGUUGUGCUGAAUAGUUUGCUGGGAAGAAAAGGCGCACUGGCGAACUUAACGGAGUACUGGGAUGUGGCAACAUAUUUUGAAGUGUCUGUGUUGGCCGAGGAUUACCCAAAGGCAUGUCAAGCAGCCUUGAAAAUGGCAAUCAUGAAACCUCCGAUAUGGUAAAC